UUUGUCAAUUGAAUCAUGAAUGAUAUUUCAGAAUGUGCACACUUAAAAUUCCUCCCACACCGCAUGUCCCUUGUACAGCCUCAUUUGUAUGAGACUGCAGUCUCCUUUGGUGCUACAAGUAAAGCUAAUUAUCAUCAUUCAGUUAGUCAGCAUUUGCGCGGUGCAUUUAAAGGAAUCUGAUGAAACUUCUUUUGCAGAAGCUGCUCCCAUAGUGGCAGCGUAGUGUUUGCUGUGUCCAUGGCAACGUAACUCUAGAAUGUCUCCUGCUUUGACGAUGUCAUAAAGGAACUGACCACAUAACCAUGUUGGAGGUUUGCAGAGUGUUGUAUUUGAAGUAACUGCAUGCAAAAAAAUGGAAAACUCUCAUGAAAAGUGGAGCCAGCCUGGUUGGAGAAUAGAGCAGAAGUAUAGCAACAAAGUACUCAUUGGUAAUUGGGUGGAGGAGAAAUUAAAAUUCGCUCGAGAGUGCAAGACAGCAAACAGCACCAACAGGCUGGACUACACGCCCCACAUGUUGCACAGGCCCGAUGUUGCCAUGCGGCGAAAGGCUCUUCACAGAUCUGAGGGUGUUCCCACAAGGCUGUUACUUUCUCAUCAUGACGUCCCCUCCUCCCAUUACCUGGUGUCACUCUAUGAUGAGUCGUACGGGCGGCAGGCCUCCUCCUCUCUGCCCACACUGCGCUCCUGGCAUUCUGACAAACUGGCCUGGGUCCCGGAGAGGUCAGACCAUCCAGUCCAAGGCCCUCCAACUAAGUUUGGCCUGGCGGAAUCUUGGCGGGCUCGCAUGCAACAACAGCGGGCAGUUGUGCCCACACUAAGCGUGUAUAAGUCUUCAUACCCUCUGCACCCCAUCAGCACCUUCUGUCAUUCUCGCCACGUCAGCAUGCCCAAGCGGCUCUCCAGCAGCCAACACCCUGCCAACCACAGCAACAGGGACCUGGCACUGAAACACAGACCCUGCAGACAGGUCUCCAGUAAUCCAGCCGGCUUGCUGUGACCCUUACCCUUUGUCUCUCACCAACCUCAGCCCUCCAGACUACCUUAUUUUAUUGACCAGUGACUCUUUAAAAACAAAAUGAAUAGGAGCAUUUUGGUAUUUUUGAACCAAAACAAAUAAAAGAGAUACAAUACUGCAAUGUCGUCCAAAUGUUACAAUCCAAAUACAUUUAGAAUUUAAGUGAAAGUGACAUCUGAAGGCCAAGUAUUAUCCUUUGCAUUUAAGUAGUUUGCUGUGGCAACCGGGGAGCAAUUGGGGGUUAGGCGCCUUGCUCAAGGGCACCUCAGUCAUUCCCUGCCACUAUUAAGAAUCAAACCCACAACCUUCGGGUUACCAGACUUUCCAACCAUUAGGCCAUGACUUUCCCAUUUACUGCAUUAGUUUUAUAUUACAUUAUAUUUUUGGGGUAAUGCUUCCUUUUACAUGUUACCCAGUUACCCAUGUAAAUACUAUGUACUUAAUUUAGUAAAAUUCCUGGGUAAUAACUAGUACUACCCCUAA